CACAGCUUUUCCCGGUUACUCAAUAAUUUUACAAUUAGUAAUAAUAAAUCGUGAAGUUUAUCGUGACAGUAAUUGUUUGUUAGUUGACAGCACGCCUCGUGACAUUAUUAUUUCACCAUGCAUACCAAGUAUAGUGGCGUAGCUUUAAUGUCAUCUCUUUGCAAAGGUUUUCCUCAUAGACCGCCUUUGAACAUGAAGAUCAUGAUAUUGUACCGAGACAUGAUAAUGAAGACCAGAAAUUGUCUCCUUUUCACAAAGUUUAUCAGACAGGAAAACAAACCUGACUAGCACUAAGAACCAUGAUUAGUUUCAAGAUUUAUGUGCCCCAUUCAGGUACCAGGGGAGGUCCCUCAAUACCGCCUUACGACUACCGAGGAUUUCUUGCUUCUGUUUCCUUCAUCAAGAAAAUGAUACCUACAGUGAUGAUGACUGAAACUACUCCAGCAUUAACGACAGAGCUGCCAUACACUGCCAGGAUGGAAAGUUACGGUAAUAAUUCACACAAUGGAUGUGGGAUCCAAAUUCUUGCUAAUGACUCGAGAACAGGUCACUUUAACUCCCGCCCUCUGGAACACCAUCGUAAUUGCUCCAUCGUUUUUGUGGGCAAUCCCAACGAUGUCGUCCAUCUUUCAGUAUUUAAUUACAAAUUAAAAGCACCUGCUUGUCAGUCGUAUUUGGAGCUGUAUGACGGACCGAUAGGAAGAAAUAAACCAAUGAAGCGUAUUUGUAGCCCUCAGUCAAAACAUGCUCGUGAUGCUAGUGGCAAGUUUCACUCACAUGAAACUUUGAUGUCCUCAGGGAAUACAUUCUCUAUUCUUUUGCACCGUCUCUUGGGUGAAACUUAUGCAGAUGUAGAACAUAUUGAUGGACCGUAUGCCUUUCAUGAUGAACAAAAAGAUGGUACAUUAGCACCGGACACUCUAUGCAACACCGAUUAUUAUGGUGAAAACAGCCUAUCAAAUGGUCAGAUAACGAAUCCUGAAAACCAGCAAAUAUACUGGAAUGUUGAGGGUCGUUUAGUAUGUGCACAUCGCUUUAUACCAGCUCUCAAUCAGAGCAUCACGCUCAAAAUCACAUCACUCAAACUGUCAAACGAACCUGGGUGCCAAACUGAAUGUGGAGACGCUGGUUGUCGCUGCAACACUGAUCUCGUGUCUCUCUCCCAUGUCGAUCAUCUGUUAUUCAUGCACGACAAUGGUGCCCAAAUUUCUUGCCUUUGUGGGAAUUUUCACGAAGACUGGCUACCCGUCUCUAUCAGAAGUUGGUCCCCAUUGAGGCUGGUCUAUUCCGUAGCUCACUAUAGUUGGACUGCUCAAGGAUUUAAUUAUAAGACUGAUUAUUCUUUUAAUUUAGAUGGUGCUUGUGGUCAUCAUGUCAUAAGUAAUCACUCAGGUUCUUUGCAUUCUACACGAAUCGUUGGAGGAGGUGAAUUAAAUUACUACUAUCACCAAAUAUGUUCGUGUACUUUAGAUUCGAAUGUGGAUAGACAACUAACUCUAGAAUUAGCGACAUCUCAAAACCGUCCUUGUACAGUGUGGAAUUUCACACUGUACGAAUAUUCAGAGGGCUCGUCAGAUCAUCUAGGGCCUAUCAUACAUACUUUCUGCCCGCGAGACAAGCACAAAGUGUAUAAUCUUGCUUGGAGGCUCAAUGUUGUUGUCAUCAAACUGACAGCAAUGACGAGGACGCUCCCGCAGUAUUUCAUAAAAUGGCAGUCACAAGUCGUGAGAGCAAAUACCCGAAUUUCGGGGCAGACAUCCUCAAUUUUAUCAUCUCCCUCAUCGUCCUUCUCGCACGCAAUGCCCAUUAGUAGGAGCCCUCUUAAAGCCAUUUUUCUAGUAUUUAUUGUUAAUUUACUGAGUUUGCACUUUGUAUAUAGGUGAGGUCACUCUCGUUGAAAUUGUUUGACAAGAGUUGUCAAACUUAUGUUUGUACAUUCUAAAUUGUUAUUGCUUGGGAAAAAUCAGGGUCCCUUUGGAUUUUCAAAAAUAUUUCCUCUGUAGAUAUGUUUCCAAAACAGUCCAGCCGUUUUUUUUUUGUUAAAAAAAAAAAAAAAACCAUAAAAUACGAAAGAAAAAGUUCAGAUCCGGGUCAAGAACUUGUAGCCAAUCGUGAUAAGAUUUUUGCAAGGACCUACAGAUUGAUGAGCAUACUUGUUACUUAGAUUUUUAAGUUGAAAUAUACCGAAGUAUUAAAAACAGUAGUUUAACUAUUUCUGCACGAAAAUUGCGAAAGUAAGUAUAAAUAUUAGCAUAUUACUUCCUAACUUUUUUCAGACAUCCUGAUUGAAUUAUUCUAUGAGGAGCGAAGAGUUAAUGAAAGUUAAAAAUUGAACAGUCACAAUAGUUAACCAAUAUUCGAGCACAAAAUUUUAGGUACUUUGCUGAACAUCUUGUUUCGGGUUAUUUAAAUUUUGUUUUUUAUGGCCCUCUCGAAGAAGCUGCAUGAUUGGUCAUCACUGCUUAACGAGUAUGUUAGUAUACAGCUCUACCGAAGAGAGCAGUAUUUAAUGCUCAAAUUCUCAAAAUCGAGGUUCCCUUAAAAUUUUUCUAAUCCAAUUUAGGUGAACUCACUGAUUCAAUUAGAGCAAGUAAAUUUGUCCCCCAUGUACAAGAACAAGACCUAUUAAACAAAAAUUGACUUUGUUUCAUGCAAAAUAGCAGUUAAUGGGCAUUAAUCUACCUCGCAGCUGUACUUAUUGAGUGUAAUGGUGCCCUUUUCUGGCGAUUUCUAAUCCUAAAAUUUGUUUGUUGUUAGUCCAAAAUGCAAAUGUAAAAGCAUACAGAAGAUAGUACCUACAAUUGUCUUACCUAACAUGAUAAUGGAAAAGGCCCCAAAGAUACAGUCGAAAUUGAAUAUGCCGAUUUUUAAUCAUCAAACGAUUUCCAAGAGUUUUUUGGAUGAUCGGUGACAAUAUUACAAAGGACGGAGGCUUUUUUCAACAAAAGUUUUUUCUCAGACACUACUAGGUCUAUUUUCUGGAAUCUUCAUUUUUGCACUUAUUUUCUUUAGUAACCCUGUAUUUUUGUGUGUAAAUGGCAAUAGGAGCUAUUUAAAAUUAUAAGGACUCAGAUUUGAGAUGUCUUCGUUUUGGAGACAUUGGGCUAAUUGUUGAAAUUGAUAGACAGAGCUAUGGGCAAAGAAGACAAAAGGGAUGUAGAGGGAUCCUAUUGGUGAAAGUGAGUGUUUGCGAUAGAUUAACUAAUGGCAACCCUUGGAGAGACCCUUCAGUUAGUCCAUUUUUCUCUCCCUUAGUUUACAGGAAUCAACCAUUUCAAUCCAAAGGAUCGCUCCAUACUCCCUAUGUCUUCUUUGUCUAUCAAUUUCAACAAUAAGCCUACAGAAGAAUGUUUCGUUAAAAAAUUAUCACUUAUUCUCUCCUUCAAAGAUAUGAGCAAUGCUACUAACUCUGUUUAUACUAAACGGUCCACAAUUUUUAACUAUGAAACUAUUUCUUUUAAUGAUCAAUAUUAAAUUGAUUGAUUUUGACAUAACUGAUGUGUUAUAAAUAGAAAGUCGUUAAUACUAAAUGAAUAAGAACCAGGAUCAAUAAUUUUCGAAUGGAAUGCAAAGGUUUUCAAAACUGCAACUAGCUCAUGAAACGUGAGAGGAGGAACAAUAUUUUACCCCUCCGUGCAUGGCUUGGUCAGAAUUUAAAUGUUACGAUAUCUCUGAUUUCUUUUAAUGUAGAAUUUUUCUUUGUAUGCUGAUGUUUUUCUGUAUUUGUAAAUUCUUAGAAGAAAUUCGAUGGCCAAAGUGCAAAAACAUGUAUCUCCAUUUGCAACAUUGUAGACUUCCUGUCCCACUUUAUUUUUCCUUUAAAAAACUAGUCAUCGUAAUAACUUGAAAAUGGAGGUAGUACAUGGUUUCGCACUUUGGCCAUCAAAUCACCGAAGGAAGUAAAUUGUUUGGCGAAUCAUCAAUUUCAUUGCCACUUAUAAAUUUUUCUAAUGUUACUCAUUCAAAAAAACAAAAAAAAAAAAAAUGAAAAUACAGUGAAACGGUGAAAUACAAUGAAAUACAAACAUACAAUGAAACAGUGAAAAAAAUAAUGAACCUCCUCCAGUUUUUUUGAAGUUGGUGUGUGGUUGCGUACAAGGAAUAGUUUGAUUUCAGUUCUUUUAACUAUUGUGAGCCCUGCCUUGCCAAGGAGUAAUGUCGUAUGAACCUCCUAACAUUGCAAAAUUUCCUUAGAAAAAUCUUGAAUUUUCAGGAAAAUCGAUAGGAAAAUGUCUCCAAAUUUUCAGAGAAUUUGGUUUGUAAUUUGAACUAAAGUGUCUGCAAAUUUUAAAAAAAAAUGUUCAUAUCCUAAAAAAUAAAUAUUUUCUAAGAGGACAUUAUGCAACAUUCGAAUGCCCGUACGCAGUUUUCCUUAGCACGGCAGUGCACUGAUGUUGUUGCAUCAAUUUUAUGACACACGCCUAAUUAAAAGAAUCUUAUCUUCAGCUUGAUAUUUCAAUCAUUCUAAAAGAAGAUGUAUGAGUCGAUGUAACAGAGAUAAUUUGGACCUGUAAUGUAUGGAUUUUUCUUUUAAACAAAAAGCACUCAAAGAUUUACGGCAGAAUAUUGAAUCCCGCUGUGAAUCACUGAUUUUCCUGGUUUUUCGACAAAAAGGAAAAUUUACCAGUGAAAUAUUUUUAUUUUUAGCUGCUUUCCAAAACAAAUGUGACUAUUUUCAGAAUAAUUAAUGUUUGGGGCUCAAAAUUACUGAAUUGAAUCGCAACCGUAAGUUUUUCACAGGCUCAGCUCAAACACUCAAUUUAUUCGUUGGGAUACUUAAGGGUGUUGUGGUUUAAAACUCCAUUUCAGAUCGUUUAUCCUCAAGUACCCCUCAUAAAUGUUACUUUAAAAAAAAACUGGAAAAGCAUUUUCAGGGUUACUUGUAGUCUGGGAAACUUGGAAAGUCAGGAACUCACAGCUAUCUGGAAAAGUCAGGAAAUUCAUUUGAAAAGUCAGGGAAAUUUUGCAAGCAGCAUUUAGCAGGAGGCAGCAUAAUUAGAAGGAAAAAAGCCAAAAUGGAAGGAGAGUCAGGGAAUCCAACAAUAUUUGAACCAGGGGAAAAGCAAAAAUAGUUUAGAACAGAAAAUGAAAAAUUUAUGGAAACUCGGAAACCCUGGUUUUCCGUCUAUGUAAAUUUUAACAUUUUCCUGAAGGAGUUGUCUUCUAAAAAUCGACAAGUUUAUUGGUAAAAAUUGUUACUACUAGGUAAACGAUCUCCUUGAGCUUAUGAUCUGCAGUUAGAAGACGCUUGCAGGCACCAUUGUUAAAAAGAGGUAUGUCCAUCAAUUAAAUGUUCAUGUUCCAUCCAAUAUCUUCACCAUUGUUUCUUAGCAUACCCAGGGAUAUCACAGAGAAAAAUUCCUCAUUUUUUAAUAUUUCAUACAUAGCUGUAAGAAAAGUAUAUGUUAAAGUUUGUAUUUAGGCACUAUUAAUUUUAGCUGACGGAAUUUCCAUUGUUGAAUACAUUUUUAAGUGCA